AUGGCUACGAGCGUCGCGGUUUUAGGGGGUGGCCACGCGGAGCAUGGAGCCAAGUGGUGCGCCAGGAUUGAUUCGAUAAAGCUCGGGAAGAAGCAACUUGCAGCAGUCGGCGUAAUUCCGGCUGCGUGGUUCGCAGCCGAUCGGUCACGAGGCGACGGCGGGCUCCGGGAGGAGGGUCCGGCGCAGGCGGAGGACUCGCUGCGGAAGGCUAUGAUACUACAUCAGAAUUGGUAUCAGAGCCAGAUGACCGAGAGCAGCAGACGGGUGGCUCCCGGUGAUGAUAGAAGCCUUGAAGCCCUUUGGGCAGAGCACACAGGUUUGGCUCAACACACAGAAGUUUUGGAAACGGACUUCCGCCGUUUCUGUGAAGAAAUUCGUCGAGAUUUGCGGAAUUUACACGCUCAAAUGGAGCGACCGCCAAUGCCGCGAACGGGCUUGCCAGCAACCAUACCGGCUGCUCGAAGAGGGAUUGGAGGCGGGAGAAAUCCACAGUUCGACGUACCCGUGAAUGCUGGAUCGGAUUCGGAAGGAGUUGAUCAGUUUGGAGUUCUAGAAGAUAUGACCGACUCAGAGGAUGAUAUGGCAGCUCCCAUUCGCAGGCGGCGACAGCGAGGUGCCGAGAGGUAUCCGGGUGAGUUUAAAGUCAAGUUAGACAUUCCUUAUUUUGAUGGCAAAUUACAUAUUGAAGAUUAUCUCGAUUGGGAGAGAUCGGUGGAGACUUUUUUUGAAUACAUGGAAAUCGAGCCUGAGAAACAAGUCAAAUAUGUCGCGUGUCGACUUAAAGGAGGAGCAAGCGCAUGGUGGUUACAAUUGUUGCAAACGCGUCGUAGAGAAAGGCGGGGAGCAGUGCGCAGCUGGGUCAGGAUCAAACAAUUGCUCCGUGGACAUUUUCUGCCGACAGACUAUGAGCAAAUGUUGUAUGUUCAAUAUCAACACUGCAGUCAAGGGCACCGUUCUGUUAACGAAUAUACCGAGGAAUUUUACAGAUUGAGCGCUCGAAACAACUUAAAUGAAUCUACCAAUCAAUUGGUGGCUCGAUACGUCGGUGGUUUAAAAGAUGCAAUUCAGGAGAAAUUGGAAAUGAAUGCGGUAUAUUCAUUAUCCCAAGCAGUUAAUUAUGCUUUAAAAGCAGAGAUACAACUUAAUAGACAUCAGCGGACGGGCCAAGGAAGAAGGCAAGUAGACACAACAAUUGACAACUCACGGACUCAACCAAAUACUCCACAAGUAAAUCGGGCACAGCAGCCAGUUAGUAGCCAGCAUGUACCAACGGCCACUCCUAGCAGAAGCAAUGAAGUCAGAGCCAAUCAAAAGUUUAAAGGUGCUGCCAAGGAUAAUCCGUAUGUAAAACCCACCACCAUUAAGUGCUUCAGAUGUUUUCAACAGGGACAUAAAUCCAAUGAAUGUCCUACCAGACCGCAAUUACAACUAUUGGAAGCGGAAGAUGAAGCUGACGGCAGUGAACCUGAGGAAGAGCAAACUGUACCGCUAGAAGAUGUUGGCGGAGAUGAAGGUGAGCCGCUCGUGUGUGUACUUCAAAAGUUGUUGUUAUCCCCCCGGCAGCCGAAUUCUUCACAAAGGAAUGUUUUGUUCAAAACGAAAUGCACUAUAGCCGGCAAGGUGUGUGACUUGCUAAUUGAUAGUGGGUGCACGGAGAAUGUGAUAUCUAAGGCUGUGGUGCAAGCCUUACAGCUUAAAACAACUAAGAACCCAAAUCCGUAUAAAAUUAGCUGGGUCAAACGAGGAAUGGAAAUCGCAGUUUCGGACAUGUGCCGAGUGCCAAUUUCGAUCGGAAAACACUAUGCAAGUGAGGUUCUAUGUGAUGUAAUUGAUAUGGAUGUGUGCCACAUCAUCCUCGGGCGACCAUGGCAAUUCGAUGUGGGAGCAUUACAUGAUUGCCGGGCUAAUAGAUAUAUGUUUGACUGGAAGGGAAAACGACUGAGAUUAGUGCCGAAUCCUCCAAACCGUGAGCUGGCUGCUAGUCCAAGAAAGAGUGCAAUGUUUGUGGUCUCAGGAAAUACUUUGCUCAAUGCAUGGAAAGAAUCCUCAUUAAUUAUGGCUCUUAUUGUAAAAGAGCAAUCUGCCACCAUGGUGCCGUCUACUCUACCCGAAGAGGUUAAAAAUCUGCUUCAGCAGUUUUCAGAUUUAUGUCCAGACAAGCUACCCAGUGAGCUGCCUCCUCUUCGAACGAUACAACAUCAGAUUGAUUUGUCACCUGGUGCCACUCUGCCAAAUUUACCACACUAUAAAAUGAGCCCUGCGGAGCACAAAGCACUGCAGCAAAUUGUAGAUGAGCUACUGGAUAAAAAUCUCAUUCAACAUAGCUUGAGCCCGUGUGCAGUCCCAGCAUUAUUGGUUCCUAAGAAAGACGGCAGUUGGAGAAUGUGCAUGGACAGCAGAGCAAUCAAUAAAAUCACAGUCAAAUUCAGAUUUCCGAUGCCAAGAAUGGAGGAGAUGUUGGAAAGGUUGGCUAGUUCACAAGUGUUCUCCAAAUUAGAUCUUCGCAUUGGCUACCAUCAGAUUCGCAUUAGGCCUGACGACGAAUGGAAGACGGCAUUCAAGACACGAGAAGGGCUCUACGAGUGGCGAGUGAUGCCAUUUGGACUGUGUAAUGCACCAACAACUUUCAUGCGUGUGAUGAAUGAGGUUUUAAAACCAUUCUUAAACAAAUGUUGUGUGGCUUAUUUUGAUGAUAUCCUAGUUUUUAGUAGUGAUUUUAAAACACACCUGAGGCAUUUGGAGCACAUCUUUGAAGCUUUAAGACAAAACAAGUUGUACUUAAAUGUCACAAAAUGUGAAUUUGCCACUCAGGAAGUCUCAUUUUUGGGAUUUAAAAUUUCGGCUAAAGGUGUAAGUGUUGACCCGAGGAAGGUAGAGUCCAUAAGGGAGUGGCCAAAUCCUAAAUCAUUCUCCGAUAUACGGAGUUUUCACGGCUUGGCGAAUUUCUACCGAAGGUUUAUCCGGGGUUUCAGUAUUAUACUGGCUCCGCUAACGGAUGUGCUUAAGCAAAAAUGUUUCUGUUGGGGAGAAGAACAACAAAGAAGCUUUGACACCAUCAAAUCAGCCCUUUCAACAGCACCGGUAUUGGCAUUACCGAAUUUUGAUAAAGCCUUUUCAGUCGAGACAGAUGCUUCGUUGGUGGGCAUUGGAGCAGUGUUAGCACAAGAAAACCGUCCGGUGGAAUUUUCAGUGAAAAAUUGA